GCUUCCGAACCAGUAGAUACGUCCUGCCUUUUUCAUAACGACAACAACGGUUGUAAUAAAUAAUAGCGACGCCACUGCAUGGACUCUAUGGGCUGCAAGUAACCGGUCGCAGAUGACACGAAACGUCGUGGAAUGGAUCGUUUUCCAAUGAUGAUUUUUGUCUUUAGGCGGAUAAUCCACUUGUCCACCUACCACAGACUCGACCAGCGUGCGCAUGGCGAUAAGGUAAAUAAUACAUCUAUCAUGGGUCGUCGUUUAACUGGACCGUCUGCGAGAACUCGUGAUGCACAACCCCUUCCAAUAUCAACACAACAUAAUUCAUCUGCAACAAAUGAUCGAAACAAUUUAUCACAACAUGAUGAACUUAUUCAUUUCGUUGGUGGUUCAUGGAAUGUUAUUUUUCAAGAGUAUCAAAAUGGAUGCCAAGGAUCUAAUGGUCGUUUUCAUAUACAGUUCUAUGAAGAAGGAAAUAGUGAUACAUUAAAAGGAUUUAAACCCUUUGAUCUAGAAGCCUGGUGGGGAAAACAAACCAUCCAACGAUACCAACAACGUUCCUAAUGUUAUUAUACUAAUAUAAUGUAUUGUAUUUUUCAGUUAAUUUUUUUUUCCCAAUUAUUUAAUAUACAAAAUGGCUUAUUCCUAAUAUCUUGAUACUGACAAUUAAUUUAUACAUUAUUAUCUGCUAUCAGUUAUUAAUUAUCAACCUCAUGCAGGUAUGUUCUAACAAUGUAUGACAUGCCAUAAUAUUUUUAUAAUUAAAAAUUGUAUCAUGAUUGGCAAAAAAAAAAUUAACAAGUAUUAUUUAAUUUAAUUUACUCUUUCAAAACUAAAAUAUAUAAUGUAUAUAUUUAGAGUUAGAGAGUAGGGAUUAAAAUAUAUAUUUAUCCCCAUCAAUAAAUUUGACAUUCCAAUUAAUUGGAUAUAUUUUUAGAGUAGCGUGUAUAUUCGUUAUUAUAUAUUUUAUUUUUAUUAUAGUUGACAUGAUGUUUUUCAUCUACAAUUUAUUUUAUUUUAAAUUCUUAUAUGUUUUUCAAUUAUAUACUUAUAAUUUGAUGAUUAUUAUUAAUUUAUCCAUUAGUAUUAUUUAAAAACUCAGAAAUAUUCAAGGUUCUAGUUAACAAAACUUUAUUAUUGCUAUAAUAUUAUUAUUUAUUAUUGAUUAAUUAUAAACUAUAAUUUUUCUGAUUAUUAUUGAGUAUUUAACCAAACCAAUGUAGAUAAUUCAACAUUGUAAAUUGUAUUAUUUCAUUAAGUAAAUCAGAAUUGUACUUGUAAUAAUAUAAAUAGGUAGUUUUAUAUUUUAUACAUAAUUUAGCAUUAACAUAGUUAAUAUAUACCAACAUUCUUCUAAAAAAAUUAAUUGUAUUUAAAG